AUGUCUUCACCUCAACUCAAGGUUCUUGUUGUCGGCGCAUCUAUCGCAGGCCCAACGGCAGCGUACUGGCUAGCCAAAGCGGGAGCACAUGUCACCGUCAUUGAGCGGUUCCCUGCGCUGCGAGCUGGUGGACAAGCCGUCGACAUCCGCACUGCUGGCGUGACGGUCAUGCGCAAGAUGCCGGGCAUGGAGGCUGCAGUUCGAUCUAAGUUCACACAGCUGGAAGGUAUCAGCUUCGUCCGCGAAAAUGUCAACAGUCGACCAUAUGGAACCAUCAGAGCCACUGGAAAUCCUGAUCAACAGUCUCUUGUUUCGGAAUACGAGAUCUUCCGCGGCGACCUGGCACACAUUCUGUUCGAUAUGACCAGGGACAAUGAAAAUAUCAAGUAUGUUUUUGGCGAACAGGUCACCUCAAUCUUGACUCCAGAAAACGACAAGAAGGACAGCGACGGACCUGUGACUGUAGAGUUCGCAAACGGUUUCCCAACUUCAGAAUACGACCUUGUUGUUGCCUGUGACGGCGCCACCUCGAGGACUCGAGCUCUCGGUCUUGGCUGCGGUGUCAGAGACCAUAUCAUACCAAUCAACUGCUGGGCAUCCUUCUUUUCUAUCCAACAGGAUCUUGUCGAAGGAAGUAAAGUGGGGCAGGGAUACAGCGCUCCCGGAGGCCGUUUCGUCGCUCUCGGGCUUGAUCCAUCUGGAGCGACUCGAGCCACUCUCAUGGCUAUCUAUCCUCGCGACGGUAUGUUGCCGUUCCGUGAAGCCAUGAAACAAGGAGACGAUGCACUCAAACAGUUUGUGGCCGAGCACUACAAAAGCGCAGGGUGGAAGACCGACGAGGCAAUCAAGGGCCUUUUGGGGGAGUCAAGAGACUUCUACGCGAACGAAAUUGUCCAGGUCAAACCCCCAUGCAUAUACAAAGGACGUUUUGCCAUGGUUGGUGAUGCGGGAUACGCACCGGGUCCUACUGGUGGUGGGACAACUCUCGCCAUUACCGGUGCCUACGUGUUGGCGGGGGAGAUCAACAAGCAUAGGGGAAAUCUUGCAGCAGGACUCAGGGGAUACGAGGAGACAAUGAGGCCCUUAAUCAACGAGAUGCAGAAGAUUCCACCGCUCGUUCUUCUUGCCAUGGCGCCACAGACGGUGUGGGGAAUAUGGGUGCGAAACCAUGUAUUUGCUUUCAUCGCUUGGACCAGAAUUUUGGAAUUCGCUCAGAAAUACUUUGCCGGCGCCUUUGCCAGCACCGAGAAGUAUCCGCUUCCGGAUUAUGAAUGGAUGGCUUAA